AUGGGUACUCCUAAAAUGGUGAAGUACCACCCUACGCAUAUGACAUGGCCCUGCUUUGUCCACGUCCCUGUUUUUUACAAUCUAACUCAAAUGGAGAUAUUCUCCGACUUAAAGCUUCUAAGUUGGCCUAAGAAGUGGAUGUGGAUUCUAGAAAUGCUUCAAAAUACUCCCAAGCUUCAACAUCUUAUCAUUCAUGAGGAGAUAGAAAAUGGGAAUGAUCAUGAGAAGGAGUACAGUUGGUGGGAGGACCCAAAGAUUGCUCCCGAAUGCCUUUCAUCUCAGCUCAAAACUUGCUUGUUUAGGAAUUAUAGAGGCAAUAAGUGCGAGCUUCGAUUUGCUGAAUAUGUUAUGCGCAGUUCAAAAGUAUUAAUUAACAUGACAAUUCACUAUGCCUGUGUUUACACUGAUUUUUGGUAA